CCCCUUUAGGUACAGACCAGAAGCAUAAUACACUGUCGAAGGGCAAUUUGACGUUUGCCGCAGCUUGUUUUGUUCAUCUGCUGUGUUCGAGUGUGCGUGCGCGAUACCGUAAAGACCGAUCGGAAAACUCAUCUGCUUCAUUCGCGUUGCAGCGGAAACGGAAGUUGAUAUGAGCCAGGAAAGGUGGACGGUGUUCUGCAGGCCGGGCUAGUGAUUGUUAAGUUUUCUGUUAAUGUUAUUUACACACGUACGAACGCCAACAUGUGUUCCUUGUUUCGAUGCUGUGAUGUUGCUUUUCGGGGCUUCGUGAUGAUGAUGCUGCUGCUGCUGCUAGUGCUGACGACGACAAUCGUUCGCUGCGAUCAGAUAGCGCUUACGGAGCAACUUCCUACCGUAAUGGUGGCGGUAUUAGUACGGAACAAAGCGCACACGUUGCCAUACUUUUAUUCGUAUUUGGAAGAACUUGACUAUCCGAAAGAUCGGAUGUCGCUGUGGAUAAGAUCCGAUCAUAAUGAGGAUCGCAGCAUCGAAAUUACCAAAGCAUGGUUGAAAAGAACCUCGUCGAUGUAUCACAGUGUAGAUUUCAAGUACCGUACCGAACAAGGCAAACGGGAAAGUGAGAAAACCAACACUCACUGGAACGAGGAACGGUUUAGUGAUGUGAUUCGCUUGAAACAGGAAGCACUACAAACUGCCCGGACCAUGUGGGCAGAUUUUAUAUUCUUUCUCGAUGCGGAUGUGUUCCUGACGAACAGCAAUACACUGAACAACCUGAUCGAUCGGAAGCUACCGAUCGUUGCACCUAUGCUGGUGUCCGAUGGAUUAUAUUCGAACUUUUGGUGUGGUAUGACGACGGACUACUACUACCAGCGGACGGAUGAUUAUAAAAAAAUUCUAAACUACGAUCAAGUUGGCCAGUGGCCUGUGCCGAUGGUUCAUACUGCUGUGCUGGUUAGCCUUACCAUAUCCCAAACUCGUCAGCUUACGUUUGAACGUAAAAACCUUCCAUCCGGACGGUACGAUGGUCCGGUGGAUGAUAUUAUAAUCUUUGCCAUGUCAGCAAACUACUCAGGGAUACCGAUGUACGUGUGUAAUGAACUGCUUUACGGAUACAUUAUGGUGCCGCUGGAAGCGGGUGAAACCGUGGAGGGAAAAGACUUGGAACAGUUGACCAAUGUGCUGAGUUACAUCGUGAAUGAGUAUGGGGAGUUGAAGCUAAAGCAGGACUUGAGUAGAUUCGUUCCCGAUGUUCCAAAAGACAAACUUUCCCUAUCCCACAUCUAUAUGAUCAAUUUGGACCGGCGUACGGAGAGGCGAAUGAAAAUGUUGAAGCACUUCGAUCUGCUCGGUCUGGACGUGGAACACUUUCCGGCCGUCGAUGGGAAGCAGUUAAGCGAUAAGAAAGUGCAUGAUAUGGGUAUACGCUUCUUGCCCGGUUAUGCCGAUCCAUUCCACAAGCGCCCGAUGACGAUGGGAGAAAUUGGUUGCUUCCUCAGUCAUUACAACAUCUGGGAGCGAAUGGUUCGGCUUAACCAACAGGAAGUGCUCGUGCUGGAGGACGACAUUCGGUUCGAACCGUUCUUCCGGCGUCGGGCUUACGGCGUGCUGGCCGAUGCACGUCGCAUCGGUGGUUGGGAUUUGAUCUAUUUCGGAAGGAAAAGGUUACAGGAAGAGGAUGAAAAAUGGAUCGAAGGAUCGGAGUAUUUGGUCAAGGCGGGAUAUUCCUACUGGACGCUUGGGUACAUCAUUUCGCUCGAGGGUGCGAAGAAAUUGCUACGCGAGCAACCACUUGGAAAAUUGCUUCCGGUGGAUGAGUACCUACCGAUCAUGUUCGAUAAUCAUCCGAACGAUAGCUGGGCGGGCCAUUUCCGUGAUCGUACGUUAAAUGCGUGGAGUGCAGCACCUUUGCUGCUUUAUCCGACGCACUACACCGGAGAUGAUGGGUACAUAUCUGAUACGGAAGAUUCGGCCCGAAUCGAUGGGACGUUACCGACGAUUGGUACCGGCAAGGGUGGUACCGGGCUGGUUAACAACGAUACACGCGACGGUGCACAAAUUCAACCCAGCGAACCAAAGAAAGGCGAUAAAGAACAGUUACCGAACGCACCGGCUUUGUUGGCCGAUUCCGGUAUCGGACAGGGCGAGCACGAUCUGGAGACAAAGAAUAGACGCAGUGAGCUAUAGCGUUCUGUUGGCGUCAUGUGUAAUCGUUCAACAAUGGACAGAUACGAAUGUUCUGUACCCACUAUACCAAAAAGAUGGAACCAACUCGUACUCGAAUCGUAGAUGGGUAGAAUUGCGAUAAUAUUAAUGUGCCUUAUAUCGAUAUUAGGAAGAUAAGGGUUAGCCACGGAAACUAGCCAUUAACAUUGCCAUUACGUAUCAGUUUUCCCUUUUAGAUGGAAUAUGUUCUGAAUACAUUAAACAGUUAUUUUUAAUAAACCUGCAUUCUUAUAAUUAGA